CCAUGGGAACUGCGUAAACAAGUUCGAGGUUUUGCUAGGAAGGUGCUGCUUAGAGUUGGCACAGAGUGUUCGACCGGAUUACGCCAAUUAGUUGCUAAAAUCUUCAACAUUAACAACAUAUCUAUAGCUACAGGCAGUGAGCUAUACUUACGAAAUAUGAAGCAAGUAGAUUCUUACUUACAUUCAGCAUAUCCUAAAACAGUAGAGCUAGUAAGAAAAGCAACAAAGAUUCAGCUGGAGAACCUCCCGCAAAGUAAGUGA